AUGAUCAAAGGGUUGGUUCGAACGGCGAUCCCGCUCACGGCGUUCGCCGUGGGUGUGGCGAUGUUCCCGGUGAACUGGAGAAAGCUGGCGUGGACAGAAAAAGCGCCAGUGCACUCGAAUCCCGAGGUGGUGAAGGCUAUCGAACAGACUAGCUUGUACCAGAAGUUGGUCCAAGAUCCCAACUUUGAGUUCUGGUCUAAGAAUGCCACUUUGCCUAGUCAACACCAGAAGAAUCAGGUAAGCACCGGUCUCAUGUUCGGCAAGGAUGGCUUCGAAAUUGACCCCAUUGGGUUCAUGGACAAAAAGAAUGGCAAGUUGGUGGCCUAUUUCCAUUUGGGGAAAAACCUCACCAGUGCCGAUGGCCAGAUCCACAACGGUGUUAUGGCCACCAUCUUGGACGAAGGAUUGUGCAUGGCUGGGUUCCCCUUGUUGCCUCUGAAACGCGGGGUCACGGCAAAGUUGGCGAUUGAUUUCCACAACCAGGCUCCCCCAGGGUCAACGGUGAAGCUCGAGGCAAAUGUCGUCGAGGCGAAGGGUCGUAAGGUCGUGAUUGAAGGUGGGGUUUCUACCAUAAAUCUUACCAGUCCCGAUAAGCCCGGUGUGACCAUUGCCACUGCAUCAUGCAUUCUAGUAGAACCCAAGUGGUUCAAGUAUUUCAACUGGUUGAAACUUCUUUGA